AUGAAUGUGGCAUUUCUUAUCAACAACGAGCCCAGUUAUUUGAGCUCUGCAAAAAGACCCACGGACUUCUAUGGAACACUGAUCCAAGAUCAAGUAACCAAGCAACGUGGGUAUGUUCCACCCACAGCCACAACUGUGGAAACAUCAUAUGGUGUGAUUCAAGGGAAGCCUUGGAAGCACCUGUGGAAGCUCCCAGUUGGCGACUCGGUCAAAGUUUUCUUAUGGGAGGUCAGUAGACGAUCCCUCUUGACCAGACACAGGUUGCGUGAUAAACCACGGGAACGUAGACUUUGCGGAUGUACCUACGAAGAAGAGACCCUGCAACACUUGUUCUUAGAGUGCGAAAGAAUUGAACCUCUGGUUCAAUAUUUCAUACACACUCAAAACCAACAUCUCCAAACCACCACGCAAAAGUCUGACUUCAACUGGGAGGCCUGGAAAAACUUAUACAGAGUGAAUAUCGCCGCCCAGACCGAUGGAGCCUUGGCACUGUACGGAAUGAAAGACGAAGACAUCACUCAACUAGCACAAGUACAAUGGUCAUACCUCCUCUGGUCUGUAUGGCUAGAGAGGAACAGGGAAACCUUUGACGGGGGCCCCUGGGACGUCCAACAUUGUAUAGCGAUAUACUCGCAUUUGAUGAGUAGAGAAAUCCGCUCAAAGUUCAAGCCCCACUGGGGAGAGGUCAUGCCCUCGUGGAGAGAGGCAGAUUACACAAACCAAGGGGACCACGACAGGGGAUUGUUCCUCGGAAUUGAAUGGAUGUAUGUCCAGUCAAUCCAACUGAAGGCUUACCCACAUGGCAGAACCACUGACCGAAACCACGAUGAAGACGCAUAG